AUGUCGACGCAAGCUCGCUUGAUGCCCGCUGCCACUCCAACGGGCCGCAUCAUGGUAGUUCGCAGCAGGAGGAUAACAUUGCUGGCUCGCCUGGUGGCCGUCGCUACUGGUGCAUAUUUGACAUGCCGAGGAACCACUUUCGUUGGCACCUGGCGGGCUCGGUGCACCUUGUCUGUGCCGAGUCCUUUCUUGUCCGCGCAGUGCGCUGGUGUUGCCCGCGGUGCUCGCGGUUCGCAGACUGAGUGCACGGGGAGCCUGGAACAGCUUGCGUACAGUGCUUCGGCAGCUGGACUGGCGCUCCUGUUGGGCUUUUUUGUCAUGCAGGCGCCUGCACGCGCUGAGAGCAAGAGGUUGGUGGGCGAGAUCCCCGCAUCCGGGUUCAUCUUUAAGGACACGAUCAAUGUGGAGGCGUUUGAAGACCCCAAGGUUUCUGGUGUGUCGCUUUACAUCUCGGAUUUCUCUCGAUCGAUGGCCGAUCGGGUUAGCAAAGGCGACUUCUUUUCAGAUCCAGGGGCUGCGGGCCUCACCUGCGCCAAGAAUGGCCCUGUGAAAAUCUCACCAGAUCUGAAGCCUAGCAAAGAGGGCGAAGACGUGUUCUCGGAAUCGCGCGCGAUUCUCUUCAAGACCUUGAAAGUCAAACGCAUAUACGAUGCCGAUGCAAAGAACAUCCUGUAUGUAGCUUACACGGAGCGGGUUGACAACAACAACGAUGCCAACAAGAGCCGCUUCAAAAGUCAAGUCUGUGCAGUUCACAUUGAUGGAGUGAGGGACAAGGCCUAG